CACAUACUCGCCCUACUGAGUGCUUUCCGCUCUGGAGUUCUCCGCCUUGCUCGGAGACUGCCGAUGCGGGGACCAUCGACUUGACUAUAUAUCGAAACCCAACCAAUUUUCAAAAGAAAAAGCUACCUUAACUGUACACUCAGUAUCAUAUCUGCACGGAAGUUACUACGUCGGAAAACCACCGCACAUAGAUCGCCAUGUCUCCCAGUCUCCCCUCGCCGUCAUCACUCACUUCGCUCUCACAGGAACAACAAUUCCAGGUUCUCGAUACGCUCUUUGAGCCAUCCCCGGAACUUCAUGCGCUGAUGGCCCCUAUUCUGGCCAAUCAGACGUUCUCCUCAUAUGCUAGUUUGAUUGAUGCCGUCGGAGGCCGCAUGUCCGCUCUAUCCGCAGCGAAUUCGCCGACUGAUAAAGCCGUUCUCGUUGGAAUCUUGGGGUCGCAUCCCCGUUUGGGACGACCGAAGGUGGCGCAAUCUGAGCAUAUAAGUGAAUUGAGCAAGAAGGAACAAGCGCAGUUGAACACAGGAGCAGAGGAGUUAGCGGAACGAUUGCGACUGCUGAACGCUGAAUACGAGGAGAAAUUCCCAGGAUUAAGAUUUGUAACUUUUGUCAAUGGACGGAGCCGAGACGUUAUCAUGGUGGAGAUGCGACAAAGGAUUGACAGAGGUGAUGCCGAGAAGGAGAUAGAAGAAACCAUCCAGGCAAUGUGUGAUAUAGCUAAAGAUCGGGCACGGAAAUUGGAACAGGCGUCGCGGAUAUAGAUACAUGAAGAACAUACUAUAGGUGGAAUAAUCUGGGUAUAUCGCCGCAAUUAAGCGUUGUCAGAUUAAGAUAGCCCAUGGUCAAGGAAAUUCCCAGUACAAGGGGCUUAUUGUUCAACGCGGACAUCCAGACACGAUCGCCAGAUCGCGUGAGUGGUGGUCAAGCGUUGUGGCUAUGGCAACCGAUGUGGAGACCA